AUGGGGUUGCACCAGGGAUCAGCACUUAGCCCAUUUUUGUUUUGCUUGGCGAUGGAUGGACUGGCACGGUGCAUGUUAUUCACGGACGGUAUAGUUCUGAUUGACGAGAAUCACAGCGAAGUUAACGCUAAGCUGGAGGUUUGGAGACAGUCUCCGGAAUCUAAAGGGUUCAGGUUGAGUAGCACCAAGACAGAAUACUUGGAGUGCAAGUUCAAUAGCGGGAUGCAGGAGGUGGAUGUGGAAGUGAAGAUGGGUACUCGGGCCAUUCAAAAGAAAGGAAGUUUCAAAUAUCUUGGAUCUAUUAUUCACGAUGAUGUCACACAUCGUACUGGUGUAGGGUGGAUGAAAUGGAAGCUCGCAUCCGGAGUCUUGUGUGAUACAAAGGUUUCACCAAAACUUAAAGGCAAGUUUUACUGA